AUGAAUGUACCAUUUUCAACAGAUAUGAAAAAAUAUUUGGGGCUUCCAAAUAGAGUAGGAAGAAAGAAAAAGAGGGCUUUCCAACAUCUGAAAGAUGGAUUGCGCCAGAAAAUCAACAGCUGGAGUAUCAGGGUUCUUUCUCUUGGAGGUAAAGAAGUUUUUAUCAAAGCCGUUUGGAAAGCUAUUCCUAUUUACAUGAUGGCUUGUUUUCUUUUGCCAAAAUCUCUUUGUUUAGAGUUAGAAAAUAUAAUAAGCUCUUUUUGGUGGCAAAAAGGUCAAGGAAGGAGAGGCAUGCACCGGUGUGACUGGAAGGGUUUAAGUGGGCUUAAGGAGGAUGGUGGAAUGGGAUUUCGUAAUCUUAGCCUUUUUAAUAUUGCUUUGUUAGCAAAACGGGGGUAUAUGGGCUGCAAAGGGAUUACUCAGGAAAGGAUUGGGAUGGAGGAUUGGAGAUGGCCAGCAAGUAUCCAUCCUGGAAGAUGUGUGUGGGUACCUGAACUAGAAGAAGUUAGAAUUCAGAGUCCAAUUUUCAAUGAGGGUUUAAUAAAGGUUGCGGAUUUGAUUGACACUGUUACAAGAAGAUGGAACGCUGAGUUAAUUUAUAAUACCUUCCCGGUGAGAGUUGCUGAGCUUAUUUUGAGUAUUCCUUUGUCAUUAAGUACGCAUGUGGACCAACUUACUUGGAGUGGAGAGCCGACUGGGGAGUGUACUCGGUCCGAAGUGGGUACAAGAUUCUUUUACAAGAAGGCCAGGAUCAAUUACAGACUUGUUACAAACAAUUUUACAAGCGACUUUGGAGCCUAG